CCAAAAGCGGUCUCGGCGAUCUCCUAGCCCGCAACAUCUCCGCCCCCGGCCUCUCCGUACAAUUCCCCCACAUCCACUGCACUUCAGACGGGUCCAUCUGCCAGGUAACCACAGCCAUGGCCGAGAUCAACGCAGCCGCAACCAUGACGGCCGUCAUCCUCUCCCCGCACUUCGACCUGCGCAAGACCUACUUCCUGAUCGCAGGCAUCGCCGGCGUCAGCCCAAAAGUCUCCACCCUCGGCGGCGUAGCUCUGGCUCGGUACGCCGUCCAAGUCGCGUUGCAGUACGAGUUCGACGCGCGGGAGAUGCCGGGGAAUUUCUCGGUCGGGUACGUCUCGUACGGGACCACCGCGCCGAAUCAGUACCCGAAGACUUUUUAUGGGACUGAGGUGAUGGAGGUUAAUGCAGCGCUGCUCGAUGUGGCGUUUGGGUACGCGUCCAAGGCCAAGUUGGCGGACAAUGCCGAGGCGGAGAGCUAUCGUGCACGGUACAAGGCUGGGGGUGAGGAGUUUGCGGCCGCGACGAGGGGUCCGAGUGUGGUCAAGUGCGAUGCGGCCACGAGUGAUGUGUAUUACUCCGGGACGAUUCUCAGCGAGGCGUUUGAGAACGUCACGGCCAUUUGGACCAAUGGCACGGGCAAAUAUUGCAUGACGGCGCAGGAGGAUAAUGCGACUCUUGAAGUCUUGAUGCGCAUGGCCAUCCACGGCCUGGUUGAUUUUGCGCGCGUCAUCGUUAUGCGGACGGGGUCUGACUUUGAUCGUCCGCCUCCUGGUGUCAGUGCAUACGACAACCUCUUCGUAGUCCAGCAGAACGGGUUUGAAAUUGCCAUUGAGAAUAUCUAUCUUGCGGGCGUUGAGAUUGUGAUGGGCAUCUUGAAGGAUUGGAACCGCACCUUUAAGAAGGGAAUUGCACCCAAAAACUAUAUCGGCGACGUCCUUGGCAGUUUGGGCGGCAGUCCAGACUUUGGCCCGGGAAGCACGACGGCUUGAGCGGGAAGAAGGUUGCGCCCUGAUAUCUCUUAGCUACGUCUUGCGACGGCACUGGGGUUUUUGCCGGUUGAUGAUGAAACGCAAGACGCAAAGCUCACUGGCAUCACUGCAUGAGACAGUGGCUUUCUGAGUUCGAUGUAAGCUCAUGGGGAAGGGACUGCACAAUAGCCCUGCGGUAUAUGUGCCUUCUCUGACCGAUGGUGAGGAGGAGGCUUGUACAUUCUAGCAUUCAAACUUGAGUUCAUCAAGUUCGAAAUGGUAUCAAAGGCACUGUAUAUACUUACAGGAAGGUUUUCUAGAUGACAUUACCCCCUUCCGCCUUUAGAUGUGGACCGGUGAUUAUUAUCUAAA